ACAGGAUCAUUCAGCUGAUACAGUAAAGAGGAUUGAGCAUUUUGAAGAAGCAACCAAGCUUAAGAGGUGUAAGAAGAAAUUGUUAGGAAGCUGCGGUUGGAGAUAAUAUAUCAGCUUAAUACUCUAGUACCAGAUAAGCCAACAGGUGGAGUGUUAAAACAGUUUUAACAGUAAAUUUCAAUUUUAGAAUCAAGACAACCUUGCUUUGUCAGUCCCUAAGUGGAGUUUCAAAGCCCACAAGACAUUUUUAAAAGCCAAGGAGUUGUUUCUAUUAGAGGUGGUUUGAGCAUCAGCGUCAGAAUGUGUUCAGGCAGUUUUGCCAAGUGUUUGGGGAUCACGCUGAUGCCUCUGUCGAUCGUGUGUGUGCUGUGCAACAUUCUGCUCUUCUUUCCCGGCGGGACAUCUGUGGAGAGCGACCACAUCACAGAACAGGUCUGGUACUUUGGAGGCAUUCUGGGAUCUGGAGUGCUGAUGAUCUUCCCUGCUCUGGUUUUCCUGGGUCUGAAGAACAAUGACUGCUGCGGUUGCUGUGGCAACGAAAGCUGUGGGCGGAGAUUUGCGAUGUUGACUUCCAUACUGUUUGCUGCUGUGGGUGUUUUGGGGGCUGGUUACUCAGUUAUAGUUUCUUCUGUGGCCAUCAACCAUGGACCUCAGUGUGUGGUUUUCGUGAAUGACUCAGGGAAGGUGUGGGGCAAUCCCUUCUCAAAUGGAGACUACCUGUCCAACAGUACUGCCUGGUCGGCGUGUGUAGAGCCUCCUGGCGUCGUGUCUUGGCAUCUGUCCCUGUUCUCUGUGCUGCUGGUUAUGGGUUUAAUCCAGAUGGCAUUGUGUGCGGUGCAGGUGGUGAACGGCCUGCUGGGAGCUCUGUGUGGGGACUGCUGUGGCUGCUGUGGAGGGAGUGAUGGAGCUGUCUGAGUGUUUCCUGGAGCAGUGAGAGUCUGAAGGCGGCUGUUUUUCCUGUAUUUAUUUGGUUUUUAGACAAUGGCAUCAGUUUCUAGCUUUAUCUUCUGUACGCUGUGGAAAUUUGAGCUCAUUGAUUACAGUGUGUGUGUCUUUCUAACAACACUGGUGAAAUGACAGAGCUCUCAUUUAAAAGGUUUCCCGUUUACUGUAUAGCAAACACUAAUGGAUUCACCUUCUCAUUAUUCAGUCUGAAUGUGUAUGUGCUGUCAUUUCAUUAUAACACUAACUUCCAUUUUCAUAUCAGCUACAUAUAUUUACAUCUGCCCUUGCCUUUUUGGUGAGGUUGUGGAGUGCAAUGGUGAUAUUUAAUUAAACAGUAAAUAAAGAUCCUAUUUUUAUACACAUAUGAAAAGUAAAUGAGACAGGAUAGAAUCAUGCUAUUGCUUCAGAUGUUCUGUUUUUAUUAUCUAAACUUAAUUAAAUGAAGAUAGUAAUUAUCCCUCUCUUUUUCAACAUGUUGAAUUUCCCUCUUCCAUCCUAUCAAUGCCCCCUGCUGGAUGUUUUUUUUCUUGGUGUAUGUGUGUGUGAUCCCUGUACCUACACAAUGAAUGUACUUCUCACACUUAGAUUUAGACUCAAAGGUACUGAAACAGCAUCAACAUUUAUUUCCAAAAUGUUGCAGCAGAAAGCUGUUGUCAUUGUUUGUACACAAAUGUGUCAUAAUGUCUUUCUGUUGCAAACGUUGUCUCAGACAAUGAUCUCAAUAAAAGACUGAGGGCUUCUUUAUCUAGUAGUCUCCCACAGGAGAAUAUUUCACACUUUCACACUACAUUUAUUAUUUUUUACCCAGCCAUUAAUUUUGAGGCAUAAUAUAACUAAAUGGGUUUUGGCAUUUUCUCUUUUAUACACACAUAUUUUCU